AUGCCAUUAGGGGUUCCCAUGAGAAAAUAUUUAUUUAUCGUGUCUACUUCAUUUAUAUUUAUGGCAAUGGGAUCAUGUUGUGUUCAUUUAAUUAUGAAGCCAGAAAUGAAAGAAUAUGACUUAUCAAAGCAUUUGAAUGAUAGAAAUAAAGCAAUUGAGCAAGUUCAGAAUGAAAUAUUAAAAAGAAAAAUAUCCUAA